CGCGAAAUAAACUUCAAUCUCAUAGCUGGACGAAAGAAGCAAAACACAGGAGAUAGCUCCGCUGACAUUAAUGGAUAUCUCGUUGUGAACCAGAGCUCGGCCAGAUUCGGCUGUCAAGUCUUCACAAUUCGGUUUGACUCCAUGGCUUAGAGCAACUUUUGACAGCAACUAGCUCGGACAUCUCUUUCCUCUUUCCCUUGCUGUCCUCUGCUACUACAGGUAGCAGUGAGACGUAACCAAAGGGACGGUAGCACAUACCCCCCGUCGCUUGCCUGGGACCCUCCCCAGUCACCUCCCGAGGCAGGAUGGAGCCCCAGGCCUCUCAGGGGCAGCUAGGAGCAGAGGGGGACUGUGGGAUGGUGAGUCUGCUGUUGCCCAGUCCCCAGAGCGAGGCGGUGACCCAUGAGAUGGAGGAGCUGUCGCUGCAGCCCACACAGAGUCUGCCUCCGCUCAAUGAACGCAAAAAUGUGCUGCAGUUGAGGCUUCAGCAAAGGCGAACCCGGGAGCAGCUGGUGGAGCAGGGCAUCAUGCCACCUCUGAAGAGCCCGGCAGCUUUCCACGGGCAGAUUCGCAGCUUAGAGAGAGCCAGGACGGAGAAUUUCCUCAAGCACAAGAUCCGCAGUCGUCCAGAGAGAGCAGAGCUGGUCAGGAUGCACAUCCUGCAAGAGACUGGAGCUGAACCUUCACUACAGGCCACCCAGAUGAAACUGAAGAGGGCCCGACUGGCCGACAACCUGAACGAGAAGAUCGCUCAGAGACCCGGCCCCAUGGAGCUGGUGGAGAAAAACAUUUUGCCGGUGGAUUCCACCCUUAAACAGGCCAUCAUUGUGGGCCAAGUGAACUAUCCCAAGGUGCUGGAUGAAGACAGCAGCGACGCCCUUUCCCCAGAGCAGCCGGCCAGCCAGGAGUCUCAGAGCUCUCUCCCCUCUCCAGUGGAGAGCAAAGUGCCGGAGGCGCCCUCUCCAGCCCCAGCACCACCAGCACCACCUAACGCCAUACUGCAGGCCUUCCCAGUUGCUACACAAGCAACAACAGACUUUGUAAAAGUGAUCUCUACCAAUGAGCUGCCUGCCAGCCGCCCCCCUGCUUCUUCCAAACCAGGCCCAACGCUGGUAAAACAAAGCCAGCAGAAGACCCCCUCGGAGAAGAGCCGCAGUAAGAAGGGCAAAGAGCCCAAGCCCAGGGUGAAGAAGCUCAAGUACCACCAGUACGUUCCCCCAGACCAGAAGCUAGAGGCCAGCGAGGCGCCCAUGGACUCCUCUUACGCCCGACUACUGCAGCAGCAGCAGCUAUUCCUGCAGCUGCAGAUCAUCAGCCAGCAACAGCAGCACUACAACUACCAGACCAUACUACCAGCACCGCUGAAACCUGUGGCAGAAGGUCAGAGCAGCAACACCAGCAGCCUCCCGACCUCCAUCAUGGUGUCUUUGCCCACUGCACCUCCACCUCCCGGCCCGGCUCCGGCUCGCCCGAACAACUUGCUCUCGAACCGCAAGCCAGGAGUCUUGCCUGCCAAUCUGGAGGAGAUGAAGGUGGCUGAGCUUAAACUGGAGCUAAAGUUACGUGGCCUCCCUGUGUCAGGAACAAAGACUGACCUUAUAGAAAGACUGAGGCCUUUCCAGGACAAUCCCAGCACCUCUGCUCCUUCCACUGUCCCUGCUCCUGCCACUACCUCCUUCUCCUCCAUUCCCAUGGAGGUCACCAGCACCACUACCGCCCCUGCUAUAGUCCUCCCAGUCCAGCAGGUGGCUCCAGAGAGCAUGAACCCCACACCGCCGGUCUCACCCAUUCCCACUGACCCCUCCGCCCCCCAGCAGGAUUCAGGCAUGUCCGAGGCUCCUUCUGAAACGCAAAUGGGGAGCGCUGGCGGGGCAGGUCUGCAGUCCUCACCUCUCCUGUCGUUCCAAGUCCCAGAGGAAAAGGACAGGAGGCUCCACGAGAAGGAGCGGCAGAUAGAAGAGUUAAUGAGGAAGCUAGAGCAGGAGCAGAGGCUGGUGGAGGCACUGAAGAUGCAGCUGGAGGUGGAGAAGAGGGCCAGCACCACGGACCCUGUCUCUGUAUCUCCCAAAGCCACCUCUGUACCUGCCAUGAACCCUGUUCCUACUGUCCUCAACUCAAAUGUGGUAAAAAUGGAGGGUGCAGUCCUGUCAAACUGCUCAUCCACUGCAGCUACAAUCCCAAACUCGAUCCUGGGCUCCCAGGCUCUCUCCCCCCUGCCAACGGUGGUCAAGUUGGAAGAUGUGACUGUUUCCUCUGGCAAGCCGCUGCAGCUCCAGACCCAAACCCAGCUCAUCACCCAGAUCCAGCCCCAAGCCCAGCCCCAGGUGUCCACCAGCCCGCAGCUACUCUCCCAGUCACGGAGAAGUCCCAAGCUCCAGACCCAGCCCCAACCCGCAGCCCCCAGCCUGCAGCAGUUCUUCAUCAGCCACACAGGCGGAGUGUCCCAGGUGCUGGGUCAGCCUCAGACUCUGCUGACCACGACUGGCCAAGCCGGAACUCAGAUCCUCCUCCCAGUCUCACUACCCAACAACGCCACUGCAAUCCAGCUGCCGAGCACCACUGUCAGCCUGCAGCCUGUUCUCCAGGCCACAGUCUCAAAUCCAGGCCUGGUCCAGGCCUCAGUUCCUCAGCUGCAAACCACUAAGAUGGAGACGGCCCCCACCCAGCAGUUAGCCAACCACAAUCGAUUGCUACAAACUCUGACUAUGUCCAAUAACACCGCUGGUUUGGAGAACCAGACUAGACCUGAGAUGAAUCCUCAGUGUUUCCUGAGAAGCUCUCCAGAGAGCAGGGUCUCUCCACGGGCUUCACCCAACCACCACAUCUCCAACGGACCCCUCAAUAAGUCUUCUUCUCCUCAGCCUGCCUUCAUCCUUCAGCCCACCUCCCUUGUUACCCAGCCUCCCAAGGCAAGAGAGCCUCCCCGCUACGAGGAGGCCAUCAAACAGAGCCGCAACGUGCACAUCAACAAUGUUUCACAGGUUCCCACAGCAACAAGCCAGCAAAUGGAUGACUUGUUCGACAUUCUCAUCGAGAGUGGAGAAAUCACUCCAUUUAUCCAGCAGGACCCUUCGUUGUCUCUCACUAAGACCCUCCCAGUCACAGCGAACAUCACCACCCUGCCGGUUGCCACCGCUGUCUCCAGGCCGCCUCCACAGAUCCAGGUGGCCCCUCCAUCCACCCUGAGCCCCAUCAUUGGUCAAAGCCUGCCCAGCCUCUCCUCGCUGGCCACAGACAAUCAGCUGGAGGCCUUUCUGGAGGGCACACUGGCCGACACGCCGCCUGCGUCAGACCCCCGCACGCGGGGCCUGAUGGAGGAGCUGCAGGCCCAGCUGAUGGACCAGCAACCCUACUCACCCAUGGACACAUCAGACCUGUCUUUCUGUGAUUCCUCCUCACCCCCCUCCUCGCUGAACAUGGGCCUGUCCGACCCAGGCCUGGACAAUAUGGAGUGGCUGGACCUCACCAUGCCACCAGGCCCCGCUGGGGCACUCACCCCACUGGGGAUCCCUGCGGACUUCCUGGAUUCACAUGACCUCCAGCUGCACUGGGACUGAUGGGGGCAUGGAUGAAAGAAAAAGGUCACGUUAAGGAGAGCAGAGCAGCUGAGUCAGGAGCGAGAGAUGGAUGGAUGGAUGAAGAGAAGAUGAAGGAACCACAACAUUUUAAGUGAGGAAAGUCACUCUUACCUCUACAUCCAUACCAUCUGUAAUAUUCCCACUAUACUACAGGAAGAGACGCUGUACAGGCAGUGCACUGAUUCAAGUUGAACUACAAGCAGGAGUUUGCACAGCUUUAAAGGAGGCUGCACAGCCAGAAUAACGUCAUCACUAAGGUGAUCGUGGUCACUUUUACUAUUAGUGAUUAGGAUUUUAAACAGAGUGGACUUUUUCAGUGUAUGAUCUCAUGAUUUUAAUGAUCGCUUACAGAGACGAGGAGACAGAGCCAAGUGAAUACUGGUAUUACAGACUGUUUGUAAAUACUCUUCAAACCACGCUAAUGACAGAGAGCCUGAACAGUAUCGAUGGUUGAUUGUUUGUACUGGACGAUUGGCUGGUUGGCUUUCAGUGAACUCUGGGUCUGUUUUACUGUGUGCGCACAGUAACUCAAAUCCUUCUGGAGGUGGUCUGAUGGGAAGACCUUUGUUCCACUGAAGCAUACUGUGCCAUACUAUGUUAUAAAGGCUGGCCAUUACAACACAGGGACUGUCAGUUCACAGACUACACAUGUAAUCUAGCUGUAAUUAAAACAUUAAUUCUCGAUAAGAAUGCAUUUGAGGCUUGGCCUGGCCAGUACAGCCUCAGAUCCUGAGCAGUUCACCUGGGAAAACUUAGACUAAACCAGUCUAAGCACUUUUAGGAGUUGUCAUAUCUGUUUCUUCCCUUUACAACUGGAAGCCAGAUGUGCUCCAUCAGUCACCGAGCCAGGUUUUAAAGGGAUCCCCAGCUGAGAGGAGGCCGAGCCUCCGUUCACACUGGUCCAGCCUGCCACAUACUGUAGAUGACACGUCUGCUGACUAGUCUGAUUCGUUGUGUCACACAUGACUGUUCUCCUCUGACCUGGCACAGCCCCUCCGAUCAAGCUGAUGAACCAACAACUAAAGAACAAAGACUCGACUUCAGUCGGACGACGAGAGGAGCAAGCUCCUCCAUCUAUGUGAGAGCUAUGCACUAAAGAGGCGGAGCGGUCCGACGGCACGCCUCAUUCACCUCAGAACAAGGAAAUGUGAACUUUGCGCUUCUAAGGUGAUUGUUAAUACGAAGUGAUCAAUACGGCUGUGGUCAGCAGAAGUAUCGCUCCAGAGAUACUGUGCAGCUGCUGUCCAAGUAUCUUAUUUUGAAUGUAGUUUUGAAAAGGUUGAAAAAUGGGACUUAACUCACUCAAAGUCGGCAGCUUUUUUCCUUCUGAUAGCAAACUGACAUAAAACAGCGGAAAAGGGAACAAAUAUCAGUUUAUGACACCCGCACACACAUAAUAGGUGUGAACGGUGCAAGUUAUAUCAAAGAAUAAAGUUGUCUUUGAGAAGAUGAGCUUUAUAUCUAGCUGUCCUACAGUAUCCCUGCACUUUGUGUGUGUGUGUGUGUGUGUGUGUGUGUCAAGGUGGGAAAUGACUGCAUUACUAGCUAAGAAAUGUGCUAGUCAACAAUUGCCUGUAGCUGAUAAGUUAGUCCGCUUUAACAGCCCUUGUAUGUCUGGAGUGACCAACCAUCACAUACCUGGUUGGUGAAAUAGUCUGACUUGUGAUGCAUCAGCUGUUGCCUGCGGACAAAGUUGGUUUCCUGGCCGACCGGGUGUGCGAGAGAAGCGAGAAAGCGUGUUGAUUUCUCUCUGUGUGUGUGUGUGUGUGUGUGUGUGUGUGUGUGUGUGUGUGUUACCUGUCUUUUGCAUGUACACCCCUGUCUCUGUGUGCAUGAUUGUACUCGUGUUUAGUCUCGGCCUGUUUCGAGCUCUUUCUCAGCCGUCGCCCACGCCCAUCUACAAAUCAAAUCAUUUGCUAUCCAGUAGACGUAUUCCAAACUUUACUCUUUAAAAGGCUUCUGAUGACUGUUUACCUUUUUUAUCUGUGUUUUACAGUUGGUGUCCUACGGUCAAAAACGCACAGACACCUUUUUGAGGUGUGACACACAGUGGGGUGUGGGUCAAGAGGGCUUAUCUACUUUUAAAGCCGUCAUAAAUUCUAGAUGUUUAUUUUUUAAGGAUUGCAUCCCACUCAGUGUUCCCUUUCCAACCUAAAUAUUGAGUUGCUGAUUUAGUAUAUCGGUUUAAAUAUUUCUUGGGAUUGAUACUGUAUGGCACUUUGAAAUAAGAAUGCUUUUUUUAAUUGUCAUUUUUAAAAAUUCCUGUCCAGUGAAAUGACUUCUGCAGAUCAUUUUAAUCACUUUAUUCUGUCAUUACGUCCAUGGGCACUAGAGGGCGUCGCCGCUCCUCUGUUGUGGCUUCUCGGCACAUUUUCAGUGGCAACUGUUGGAACAUCAGGGUCAUUUCUAGCAGGAAAGAAAAUUUAAAUGGGGCUGGUUUUUGCAUUUUCAAUAAAUGGGUUUUCUUCCUGUAUAAUACUGAUUUGCUGUUCACAUCAUACUGCGGUGAGCUGAGCAAACUGAUCGAGAGCCCUUCAUGCCAACGCUGUCUUGUCAAAAAAGUGUGAUGCUUUGACUGCUGCACUUAUGCGUUGUCAUCAUAUCAUGCCAAGACAUGGAUGUGCCCAAAUCCAAAAUGUUUGACCACCUGAAAGUGUUGCUCAAUACUGCACAGACCUGCCCCUGGGCUUUUUUUGUUUUUUAAUUAUUUUUUCUACAAUCAAACGCUAGUAAACCACCUGUUGAAGCCGGUAUACCUGCUUGCAAGUUUAGUUGUGUUUCUGUUUUUUUUCUCCACAUUGCUGCAAGUGUUAAACCCUAGACAGGAUGAACAGAAGGAAUCACUAGUUGAUUCAUGCGUAUCCUAGAAGAGAUGACGAGUUUAUAGUGUUUUUUCUUCUGUCUGUUAGCUGUACGACUAUCAAAUUUGAGAUUUUUCUUUCUUUUUUUUUUUUUUGGCCAAAAAGGCAGUGGAACAUAUUGUCACAUUUUGUUACUGUUGUCACGUUUUUGUAUUUAUCGCUUUUUUUAGGGUGAAAAGUGAAAGAAAAAAACAUUUAAUCUUGUUUUCAUGUUUCUGUAAAAUCUGUAAAAGAAGAUUUUGUGUGUAUAUUUUUGGUUUGCAGAGUUGUCUUCAUUUUAUUUUUCAUAUCAGACGUACACAAACCUCUUGGCUGCAGUAAAGCUACACAUGUAUGUGAUUUACACUCAAUAUGACACCACUUAACCAUUCGGCAAUUGUGGUCGCUGACUGGCCAGACAGGGACAGCUAAAAGCAAUAAUGGCUGCGUUCCCUUGAUAUACUGUAUGUCCGAUCCUGCCUUGAUUUAUUAAUGUAAGAACUUUUACUACAGAGUAAUACCGUUUAAAAGUUCAAAAGCACUUCUAUCUGAGUGGUUAAGUGGGGCUUUGUUUAAAAAAAAAAACGUUUGUGGAAGCACCGUCAGUCUGAAGAACCCGUAAAGGUUCCUGUCGGCUUCUUUACUCUCACAUUUGGAGUUGGCAGGUGUAGGCUCAGGCUCCCCAUGUUGACUUCAGCCUUCCCGCUUGUCCUCAGUUCACCUGCGCCAUUUAUCAUCAUGUUAGCGUUGUACAUUUUUCGGUGGAGGAGCUAAACUUUGGAACAGAGCUCUGUACAAGAUGCAUGUAUUUUGGGGACAUUAGCGGCAGCACAGAUGAGGGACAGAGUUUCUCCAUCUUCAUCAGUUGAUUUACAUCCUUCAUUGUAGCCGAGUCUCCUAUCUAUCUCCACCACCCACGCCAUGCCUCUUGUUGUUUGUAUGCCAUAUGUUUUGCACAUUGUGUACAUAUUUAUAUAGAUGUAAUGCAUAUUUUUAUACAUGUGUAACAUCCAUUGGUUCUCUAUUUUGUAAAUACUCAAAAAGAUGUAUAUAAGUGCUGUAUGCCUUUAUGUGUCAAUAAAAUUUGGUGUACUGUGAACGCUUUUGCAGAUAUUAAUUACAGAAUAAGCAGAACACGGACAGAAGUGAUGUUGCAUUUCAAAUGCCAGUUCAAGUACAGAAACAGAAGAAUGAAGGAAGCUACUACAUUUAAAUGAUGUUGUGGUUGGAAGUUUACAGUUAACAGUUCUUUGUCACACCUGUCAGGUUAUAACACCAUGUUUGCAUGUGCUCAGCGAUGCAUUUCCAUUUUCCCGUCAGAUAAUGGAUGUUCACAAAUAUAUUCCCCUUAUACCAAGGAAACUGG